CCGGCCCCGGUGCGGGCUGGCCCCGCCGCCGGCAGCGGCAGCAGCGGCGGCAGCAGCAGAAGCAGAAGCAGAGCGGGUCCCCGCCGCCCUCCGUGCGCCGCCCCUCCCCUCCGCGCCAUGAGGGUGCAGCUGGAGCGGUGCCGGGGCGAGUGGCAGGAGCUGGAGGAAGAGUUCCGGCAGCUCCAGGAAACACACAAAGUUUACAGGCAGAAACUGGAGGAAGUCACCAGCUUGCAGACAGCCUGCAGCAGCUCCAUACACCGGCAGAAGAAGACCCUAAGGGAUCUGAAGCACAGCCUGCAACGGUGCAAGCCCAGAGCCAGUCCUGAAGAGUUUGCUCUCAUUCAGGAGAUCAGCUCCCAGAUCAAGGAGAGGCAAAAUGCCUUCUUCGACAUGGAAGCCUACUUGCCGAAGAAGAACGGCUUGUACUUAAAUCUGGUGCUGGGAAAUGUGAAUGUAACUCUCCUGAGUAACCAAGCAAAGUUUGCCUACAAGGACGAGUAUGAGAAGUUCAAACUUUAUCUGACAAUAAUCUUGUUACUUGGGGCCAUCGCCUGCAGGUUUAUUCUUCACUACAGGGUGACAGAUGAAGUGUUUAACUUUCUGUUAGUGUGGUAUUACUGCACGCUGACGAUACGGGAAAGCAUUCUCAUUAGCAAUGGAUCCAGGAUCAAAGGCUGGUGGGUGUCUCAUCACUACGUUUCCACGUUCCUGUCUGGAGUGAUGUUAACGUGGCCAGAUGGACUCAUGUAUCAAAUGUUUCGCAGUCAAUUUUUAGCGUUUUCAAUAUUUCAGAGUUGUGUUCAGUUCCUACAAUAUUAUUAUCAAAGGGGCUGCCUUUAUAGACUCCGUGCUUUGGGGGAGAGAAACCACUUGGACCUUACAGUAGAAGGAUUUCAGUCCUGGAUGUGGCGGGGGCUGACGUUUCUCCUUCCCUUCUUGUUCUGUGGGCAUUUCUGGCAGCUAUAUAAUGCAAUCACUCUUUUUGGAUUGUCGAGGCAUAAGGAGUGCAAAGAAUGGCAGGUUUUCGUGUUGGCUUUCACGUUUCUGCUGCUCUUCCUCGGGAACUUCCUCACUACUCUCAAAGUGGUGCACACUAAACUCCAGAAAAACAAAGACAAAAUGAAGAAGCUGUGAACCCCCCUGUCCCGUCCCCGGCGUGCUGGCUGCCCUCCCUCUGCCCGCUGGGUUGGGGACAGAUCCUGUGAGACCCCAACUACAUGAUGGAUGGGCUGGGAAGGCCUCGUCCAUCCCCGUGUUUGGUGAAGGACAGGGACUCUGCCAGCACAGACUCAGUAUUACACAAGCAUGGCUCUCCAGUCCGCUGUCCUGCUAUAUUUAUCUAUUAUUUAAUACAAAACACGUUCGCUUUGGGGUUUGUUUUUCUUUCUGUAUAUAGAGCAACAUGCGCCAGCGCUGGGGAGAAUGUGGGAUCUACUGUAAUUCCAAUUCUGGAAUGAUAUUUAACACUUUCCGGUUUUAUUAUUUAAAUUCUAGCUAUUGGAUUUGCAAAGGUUUAUGAAACACUCCAGGCUGACCAGUAAAUACAGACUGAAUUGUUUUUUUAAAGGCAUUUGUUUAAGGCAUAUUUUCAGUGGCAAUACUAACCUGUGUGUACUGUGAAAAAAAAAAUAUGCCCAUCUUUGUACCAUGCUGCUGCUAUAUACACUUUUAAAAAGCUAUUUAAAGAGGAGAAAUCCUCUUUCAAAAACAAAAAUAAGCAAGCAAAAUGAGUUGUUAAAUGGCAGGGAAGUCCACUAGCCUUCCUCCAGGGAGACCAGGUCCUCUGUCCAGGCCUGGAAAAGACCUAAAAUAAACCAUUCAAUAUGCAGCUGCUUCAGCCCCUUUUUAAUAACAAAUCCUUUGGGUGGUUUUUUUCCAAGACACCGUUUUUCCUUAAAAUAACCUUGAUCAGUGGCAAAAGUGCAGUUGAACUUUGGUUUCUGUUUUCAGUGUGUUUUUUGUUCCCAGCACUGUCCUGGAAAGGGAAGGACAGGCUGAGCAGAAAUACUAAAUGCUUUCUUUAGAUGCUGCGCUUCUACCAAUAAUUAAGAGAAUGUAAACACUCAUUCAGAAGGAAUGUGGAAGACAAAUCCCGACUCCCAUCCUGCUUAACUUCUUGUGCUGCUUGAACUUACACUUACUCAUUCAAAGAAGCUUGUUUUGGGUGCUUUAACAUCUGUACCUCCCUAAGGCCAGCUGUGGUAUCAUGAGCUGCUUUAGGCCAUCUCUUUCCUGAAGGUCAAGGGCUUCCUUUGAGCCGCCGAAAGCCCAAACUGGGCAAAUGGCUUUGGCAGAGCGUGAUCUGAAAACGAUGUCCUUCUCCCAGUAAGCGUAGUCAUGAAGAAAUAUUUAUGCACUACAGACUUGAAAUGGUUUCAUCAGUUCUUCUGUUGCUGCGAGGCAAGCAAAAUUACCUUUACAGUGUUACUGUCCUGUGGGCAUGAAAAUAAAUUGCAAUUUGCAUAUUUUGAACAA